AUGAAGACUAUCUCUCUCAUUCUUGCUGCUACGACUAUCAUGGUGGCUCAUGCUGCUCCCGGAAGCCUUCUUGAGCGUACAGACUGCAGCCAAAGGACUGCAUGGACAUGUCGUGCUAAUCAAUUCCUUUACGAAAAGGCCAGAAAUGCACUGAUGUAUUCAGCUACGGUCCUAGUACAUGCUCGCUGA